ACAAGUUCAUGCUGCACACAAACAAAAAGAGCAAAACAUACACGUAUGGCUAAACAACCUUCGUCUAGUGAAAAGCUAGUAGCAAUAUGUUUGGGUCUUCUUGCAGUGCUUUCACCAUUAUAUAUUGAUCAAAAGGCAUCAGAGGAAGAGGAAGAAGAAGAUGUUUACGACUUUAGCUUUGCUUCAUGGUUACCUCUCUUGCUCGUGGUUUUAAUGGUGUCUAUCUAUUGUUCUCGCCAACUAGACCAGAAUUUGACGAACUUCGACCCUUACUGGAUUCACAGAGUUGGUGGUUCCUCGUGUGGCAUCAUCUUCCUACUGGUUGUUAUUGCAUUGGUUCUCAAGUUUAAAGCUUCACUUAUGGGAUAGUUAGUUGUAUCCGUAGUUCUGCUAAUUGCUCAUAAAAGAAGGGUAUGGUCGUACGGCCGGUACCGGCAUCAAAGAUGCUACCGAGUUGUCUGCUUCAUUAUCUAACAAAAUUAUGCUGUAAAUCCAUGUAAACAUAAAACAUUCUUGUGCCGAAGUUCAGAGUCCGGUUUUCAUAUGAAAAUAUGUAUGUUUUCUUGAUUAUGAAAUUUUACUGAGGCACCAAAAACAGUGUAAGAAGAGUGUAAAUAAAUAAAUCUCCUUACUGAC